AUGAGCAUUAUUACAAAUAAAAAUCCUUUGUCCUCAUCAAAUGAGAAAAUUGUAUUGGAAGGUAAUGGAUUAUCUGGUUUCGAUUCAAAUUUCCCAAAAGAUUUGAAAGGAUUGGUUCAGCCAUUGGAUUUUAAAUAUUUGAUGUACAAAUUUAAUCACCAGAUAUUGAUUUUCAAAAUCAAUUUCAUUAGACAUAUAAUUACCAACAUUAUUACCACAAUUGUUUCAGCGGUAACAAUAAUAUUGACUUUGAAACAUAUCAUGGCAGGAUCAACAAAUAUGAUAAUAACAGUGGUGCUUGGUGGAGUUGGUCUUUUUGGUUCAAUCCUUGCAGUGACCAGUGAAAAUAAAAGAAUUAUGAGAAAUAUUGAAGAAACAACUUUGGAGCUUUCAGAUCGUUACAGGGACUCUGGACUCUCUUUUAAUAGUAUUCUAAAACCACAAUCAGAGUCAACGACUUUAUCAAAAUUGGUUUGUACUGCUGCCAAUUAUAAUUUAGAAAUACAUUUAAGAGGAGGAUCCUCAAAAAUCAAAGGAUCCGAGUUGUACUUCUUACUUUAUAUUUAUGUUAGUGUUACAAAUUACCUGAGUAAAAGGAGAUAUCUUUAUUUCUAUUAUUUAUUGCUCCAUAGCAUAGUUGGUUAUUGUACUUCCCUAGUAAAGGAAGAGAUAGGAAGGGGUCACGAGUUCGAAUCUCGUUGGAGCCUUUAUAAAAUACCUAAUCCGCAUGCGGUUUAA